AUGAGCGGCGCCGACGACUCAGCGAGACCCGAAGCCCAGCCGAAAGACGGGCGCGAUGGCGGGAACCAAGGCAAGGCCAACACGACGGAGACCAGGGGCGCGGAGGCGGAGGAACCUGCGAAGAACGGUCCUUGCGGGCGAUAUCCCACUAUAGAAGCACUCGUAGACUACACCAAAACAGUUGCCUGGGUUGAAACAGAGGAGGUCAUGUCAGCUUUGGAGGAACAGGGAGUUGACCUAAUGUCCUUCGUCACAUCUAUGACCAUGCAACGUCAUUUAUACGCCUGCACAAGAACUCGAAAUCCCUCCAGCUCAAGAGAGGGAUUUGCUGAUGACAUCAUCAUCUUUUUCUCCACCAAAGAAGAACUUCAACAAAUCCUCGUCGUGCUAAAUGAAGCAAGCAAGUCAGUUGGCCUUCGCAUGAACUUCUGUAAGACCAAAGUCAUGUGCAAUAAAUACACUGAACAUGCAGACGUUAUCCCUGAAAAUGAAAACCUGCAAAUCGAGGAAGUGGAACACUAUAUUUUUUCUAAGCGCGACCACAGCAGGUGCGACGCCCUUGUCAUAGUGUUCAUGAGCCAUGGCGAGCUAGACGAUAGUGACAAUGUGGAAUACUUGUGUGCCAAAGACGGCAGGAUUGCUACCAAGGAACUAUGGAAAAACUUCACGGCUGAAAAUUGCACAGGUCUAGCCGGCAAGCCUAAGCUGUACUUCAUUCAGGCAUGCAGGGGCGACCGUGAGGAUAAGGGCGUGAACAUGUCUCGGCGUGGCAUGGCGGUUCAGACGGACAGCAUUGACAGCACUGAGGAGUACGUGAUCCCCAUCCAUGCUGACCAGCUUGUUAUGUGGGCGUCCUACCCAGGCUUUCCAGCUUUCAAGAGUACGCGCAAGGGAAUCCAAAGGAGUGUCUUCAUCCACUACCUGGCUGAGAACCUCAAGAAUUAUGCCAACACUUCUCCACGACCAAGUCUAUCUUCCAUUCUGCUCAAAGUCAGCAGGGAAGUGGCAGUCCUCUACGAAAGCAAUACUCAUGACAGAUAUAACGAAAAUAAACAAGUUCCUUACAUCCACUCGACGCUACUCCGUGAGAUUUACGUCUAAGUGUAUGCCUUCUUGACAGCGUGAGACAUUCGGCAUUACUCCCUCUGUGUUUUCCUCAUCCUUUCAGUGAUUUUAAAGGAUCGAUAAUCUCUGCUUCUUUGGUUUCUGAUUGUUCGGUGCUUGUUAAAUGUGAUGAGUUGUUCUAAUAUUUGAAAGAAAUUGUUGUCGUCAAGGUUCUUGCCAGUACUAUUAUUAGUUACUAGAUAAAUGAGACUUGAUCUAUAUUUUUUUUUCUCGUGAUCAAAAACAGCAUUUUCCUCAAUUUACUAAAUUUUCGCUUCUAUUACAAGGUUGUUGAUAGUACAAAUUCAGACUACUGAAGAGCAUCAGAUCAGCUCAAAGCGUACCAAAAGUUAUGAAAAUCAAAUCAUUUACUUGAGGCGCUUCAUUUGCUAAUGUCGAUGACCAUUUCUUGUCCAAUUU